AUGGGUGUUAUAAAUCACCAGAAUCUAACCGAGAUCGACCUUUCUUCUUCAUAUAAACUGAUAAGGGAUAUAGACAUUAUAGGCCUGGCUAGCAAGACACCUCUGGACAGUCUCUCUAUCAUGGUAACCAUGCCAUCGCCGGUCAAGGCCCAAUUGAAAGAACCAGCAGUACAGGAUUUCAUCAGGAGAAACCAAACCUUUGACUUGAUGAUCAUCGAGCGUCUGCCUUACCAAGGCUACUAUGGACUGCACCACAAGGUUGGUUCGCCACCACUCGUCGGGUUCGUGACGUUGUCUGCGUUCUCGCCUGUGUAUUACGCCUUGGGGAACCCAAUGAAUCCAGCCUACAUCCCUGAAAUCUGGGAGGGCUUCUCUGAUCACAUGAACUUUUGGCAGCGCCUGUACAACACGUACUUUGCACUACGUUUCAACUAUAUGUGGUUCUACGAAAUACUUCCGAUACAGGAGACAAUUAUGAGGGACCAUUUCGGAGCGGAGCCACCUUCUGUUUACGAAACGGAGCGCAACUACAGCCUUCUCAUAGUCAACAACCACUUUACCACGGAGUAUUCGCGGCCGCAUCUACCGAGCGUCAUAGAAGUGACGGGACUCCACGUGUCGACCAAGGCCGAACGAUUACCAGAGAAGCUACAGAAAUUCAUAGACGGAGCCGAACACGGCGUCAUCUACGUCAGUCUCGGAUCAAACGUCCGGAGCAACGCACUGCCCCAAGAGAAGUUCCAGGCUUUUCUGGAGGCGUUCAGACAGCUGCCGCAACGCGUCCUCUGGAAGUGGGAGAACGACACACUACCUUCCCAACCGGAGAACGUGAUGGUCAGCAAGUGGAUGCCACAACAAUCCGUGCUGGCUCAUCCAAACGUCCGCCUCUUCAUAACGCAAGGAGGUCUUCAGAGCAUGAAUGAGGCGACGUACCACGCUGUCCCACUUGUGGUCAUACCUUUCUUCGCCGACCAGCCGCACAACGCCGCCAAGAUUUCGCAGGCGGAGAUCGGCGUCAGGCUGGACUACCAUGACGUCACUAAGGACAACCUGCUGGCCGCUGUACGAAGCGUUUUGGAGGAAUCAAAGUAA